AUGAAAGGUGUUUCCCUGGACACUGUCCGCACUUCCAAUGCUACCCUCAAGAACCUCGGCCCAGGACUUGUUGCUGUAUUUGUUGGGGGCACAAGCGGUAUCGGAGAGUCAAUCUUGAAGGCAUUCGUGGGCGCUACUGCAGCAUCAAAGGUCUACGUUGUAGGUCGAAGCCAAGAUGCUGCCAAUCGCAUUAUAAAAGAGUGCCGACAAGUCAACGAAACGAGCGAGGUGGAAUUUCUGCAAGCCGACGUCUCUGAGAUAGCAAACGUCGACCGCGUCUGUUCCGAUAUUAUCCAAAGAGAAAAGCGGUUGAAUCUACUAGUGUUAACGACGGGAAUAUUGACUGUUGACGGCAGAAACGAAUCACCUGAAGGUCUCGAUCGUAAAAUGGCCGUCCACUAUUACUCGCGCAUGCGUUUCAUCUCGAAUUUGCUUCCACUUCUCACAAGCUCUGCGUCAUCUUCCCAGCUGUCCCGCGUCAUGACCGUGUUGGGUGCCGGCAUUGGGAACCGGAUGGUAGAGAGUGAUCUUGAUCUGAAGUCCAACUUUUCUCUAUCUAAUUGCGGCGCACACUGCGGUGUAAUGACGGAUUUAAUGCUCGAGAGAUUCGACGCUACAUGGAAAGGAACAGCGUUUGUUCACACGGCUCCUGGUGUGGUAAAAACAAACCUCGGAUCAGGAUUGCCGACCUAUUUACGAGCUGCGUUCAAAGUUGCGGGGCCAUUGCUAGCUCCAUGGACAGUUGGACUACAGGAGACAGGAGAGAGGCAUUUGUUCAUGGCGACUUCGAACCGAUAUCCCCCAUCGGAGCUUCCGAACGACUCUAGCUGCGGCGCGCCGACUGAGAAGAAUGGUGUGGCCGAGGGGAGCGAUGGAGUUAGAGGGUCGGGGGCUUAUUUACUGAAUUGGGAUGGACAGAUACAGAAGCAGAAUAGGGACCUACUGGAAGAAUAUCGGCGAACAGGCAUGGCAGAGAGGAUAUGGAAGCACACAAUGGCUGUAUUUGACAGUUGCAGUAAAGACAGAAAUAGCUAA